AUGCCUAUUAAGAGGGGUCAUGUCGCUCCUCAGAAUACAUUCAUUGACACAUUAAUACAAAAGUUUGACAGUCAAGGUCGGAAGUUCUUGAUUGCAAAUGCUGCUCUCCCCGGGGCUCCAAUAAUUUUCUGUAAUGAUGAGUUUUGUUCUUUGUGUGGGUAUUCAAGGGCAGAAAUUCUGCGUCGAUCUGCUGGCUUGGAAUUUUUAUACGGUCCAUUAACUUCAUCCAGAUCUAUUAAGGACUUGAAAAUAGCACUGUCAGAUUGUGAGGAGAAAAUUAUUAUGGCUGUACUAUGCAAUAAAUCUGGUAAUCAGUUCGCCUGUCAGAUAACAGUUGCUCCAGUUCGUAAUGCUGAAGGUCAAGUCCGCUUGUACAUUUUAACUUUUGUGGUCAGUUCGGAACUAAGAAGGACAAAAAGUACAAAUUCCUCUAAAAAAACGAGUCCAGUGGAGGAUAGAAAAAUCAGUGUAAGUUUCCUCAGACAUCUAUGUGGUACUCAACUACGUGAUUCAGUUGUUGAAGAAGCAAAAACAUCCAAUCAGUCAGCUGUUGUACAGAAUAAAAAUGCUGAAUCUGUGCAAUCUGUAUCUCGUUGUGAACCAGAGAACUCCCCUUCGGCUAUUUCUACCGAGGGAGAUCUAAGCUGUACAUGUUUAAUGCAGUCAGGUGAAAUGAAACAACCUGCUCCUCGUUCUCAUUCUGUUGUCAGUAUCUCUUUAAAUGUCGCAAAAGAACCGAAGAAAAGUCGUAAUUACUUGGUCUGUAGAGGUCAUUCUAUUGUCAGUACCACUUCACACAUCUCUGGAGGCAAUUCAACUAUUGGUGUUACACGUGGAUGUGGUGGAAUUGUGGUCAAUACUGACUCAUGGACAGCAUCCCGUCGUCAUGUUUCAGAUAAAGUGGCGGAGAUGUUUUCUAUGGGACCUGAAUUGAAUCCAGAGCAAAAGUUACACUCUCCUCGUAUUCAUCCAUUCACUUUAAAACAUUAUGGUCCUGUGAAAGCUGUAUGGGAUUGGCUUGUCCUAGGCUUUGUCAUUUACACAGCUGUAUUCACUCCGUAUGCAGCAGCUUUUCUACUUCCUGAUGCUAAACGCAAAAGAAGGCAUAAUGAUGGUUGGGGACGUUACAGUGGUUUAACAUCCUAUCAGAAUCCAUUACAAAUAAUUGACUUAUUUGUGGACAUCAUGUUCAUUGUGGAUAUAUUCAUUAAUUUUCGUACAACUUAUGUGAAUAGAAAUGAUGAAUUAGUCUCACAUCCUGGUCAAAUAGCUAUUCAUUAUUUUAAAGGUUGGUUCUUGAUCGAUGUUGUUGCCGCGAUUCCCUUCGACCUACUUCUAUUCGGUGCAGAAACGGACGAGAUGGCUACAUUAAUUGGUCUGUUGAAAACUGCUCGCCUUUUACGUUUAGUACGUGUUGUUCGUAAACUGGAUCGAUAUUCUGAAUAUGGUGCAGCUGUCCUACUCCUUCUUAUGGCCACAUUUGUUUUAAUCGCCCACUGGCUGGCAUGUAUCUGGUAUGCUAUUGGCAAUGUUGAACGUCAACAGUUCAAUGUACGCAUUGGUUGGUUAGAUCAGCUGGCUGAACAAAUUAAACAACCAUUUGGUAAUAGAUCAACACUGGGACCAAGUAUUAAAUCAAAGUAUAUUACAGCACUAUACUUCACAUUUUCAAGUUUAACUUCCGUUGGGUUCGGUAAUGUUAGUCCUAAUACUAAUCCGGAGAAAAUAUUCUCUGUAUGUGUCAUGUUGGUUGGAUCUUUGAUGUACGCUGGUAUAUUUGGACAUGUAAGUGCUAUUAUCCAACGUUUAUACAGUGGCACUGCACGUUAUCAUGCUCAAAUGUUACGUGUUAAAGAGUUUAUUCGUUUUCAUCAAAUUCCCAAUCCAUUGAAACGACGUUUAGAAGAAUUUUUUCAACAUGCCUGUACUGAGAAGUUUCCUGAAUGUCUUCAAGCUGAUAUUUGCUUACAUUUAAAUCGAAAUCUGUUGAAUACAUGUUCUCCAUUCAAAAAUGCCAGUCAAGGUUGCCUACGAUCACUUGCAUUGAAGUUGAAAACCACACAUGUACCACCUGGUGAUACACUUGUUCAUAAAGGUGAUGUACUCAACUUUCUAUGUUUCAUCGCUCGUGGAAGUAUUGAAAUCAUGAUCGGGUGUGAUAUACUAGCUGUAUUGGGGCAAGGCGAUGUUUUCGGUGAAAAUCCAACUGAUCAUGUCAGCAUGGGUCAGUCAAAGUACAAUGUGAGAGCACUUACUUACUGUGAUUUGCAUAGAAUUCAACGAGAUGAUCUAUUAGAGAUUUUAGAAAUGUAUCCUGAAUUCGCUAAACAAUUCAAGAAAGAACUGGAAAUCACUUUUGACUUACGUGAUUAUUUGGAUCCAUGUAUCCUUAAUCCAGAAUUGGUUCAUCCGUCAAUGCAAUUAGCCAGAUACGCCUCUCCUGAACACAUCGAUUUAACAGAUCAUAAUGAUGACUAUGAGGGUGAUACUCAUCAAGCAACUGGUAAAGUUUCUGUUAGCUCUUUUUUUGUUAUACCUAUAAUUUAUGAACGAUAUGUUUCAUGCCCACCACUUAUACGAUAG